UUUCUCAAAAAAGACAGCCGGAGCCGAGAGGGAGGAGACGCUGACUCAAAAGUAACACUCCGAGAGCUCCACCCCUUAGACUCUUUCUCUCUUUCUCCUCUCUCUCUCUGCACCUCAAAAGCCAGCAUCUUCUUCGAUCUUCCAUGCCCAUUUCCCCAAUCUCAGCUGACUAGCCAAUCAUGGGCUGCACCCAGUCCAAGAUCGAGAACGAAGAAGCGGUCUCCCGCUGCAAAGAUCGCAAGCUCUUCAUGAAAGAAGCGGUCUCCUUCCGUAACGCCUUCGCCGCCGCCCACUCCUCCUACGCCAUCUACUUGAAGAACACCGGCGCCGCCUUAAGCGACUACGCCCAGGGCGAGGUGGUGGGCCCACACCCGCCCCAUUUACAGUCCCACCAGCCCAAUUUAGCCUCCGCCGCCGCCGUUGGCGUCCCCGCCCCGCCUCCUUUUGUGGAUACUUUUCCUCCGCCGCCUCCGCCGCUCCCUAGCUUCUCCAACUCCCCUUUACAGCGCGCCGCCAGCAUGCCCGAAAUCAAACCUGACCCCAAGCCCCGGCCCAAGUCCAAGCCCAAGACCAUCAUUGAGGGGGACGAGGAUGAUGAUGAUGAGGUGAUUGAGAAUAGCGAGAGCUUGAUGCGUAGGACUAGCAGGGGCAGCCGGGGCAAGAGAGGGGUUGUGGAGAAUGAUCACAAUUUGGAUGGUCCACCGCCAGUGUCAUCUCCGGCACCGCCGGUUUCGGUGGAGAGCCGGACGGUGCCGCCGCUGCCGCAGCAUCGAGACAGCCCUUAUGACUUCUUUUUCUCAGUGGAGGACAUGCCGGCGUCGACGCUGGCCGACGCCGAAGAGAUUGAGCGAAAGGUGUAUGACGAAAGGCCGCCGACGAGAGAAGAGAGUAUUGAAGAGGAGGAGGUGUUCGAAGAAAGUCCGAAGAGAGUGGAGAAGGACGAAGAGGAGGAGGUGGAAAGGAGUCCGAAAGUUGAGGAGGUUGUGGCGGCUCCUCCGCCUCCGGUGGUGGAGGAGGUUCCCGGUGGGUCCACUGGAAAGAGCCUGAAGAAGGCGAAGGCGGCGGUGCCAAAGGGGACUGUGAAUAUGCUGCAGAUAUUUAUGGAACUUGAUGACCAUUUUCUCAAGGCUUCGGAGAGUGCCCAUGACGUUUCCAAGAUGUUGGAGGCCACCCGGCUCCACUAUCACUCCAAUUUUGCUGAUAAUCGAGGGCACAUUGAUCACUCUGCUAGAGUGAUGCGUGUUAUCACAUGGAAUCGGUCUUUUAGAGGAUUGCCAAAUGUAGAUGACGGCAAGGAUGAUUUCGACUCAGAAGAGCAUGAAACUCACGCUACCGUCUUGGAUAAGUUGUUGGCUUGGGAGAAAAAGCUAUACGAUGAAGUCAAGACAGGUGAGCUUAUGAAAUAUGAGUACCAAAAGAAGGUUACCUCGCUGAACAGGCUGAAGAAACGAGGUACUAACUCUGAAGCAUUGGAGAAAGCAAAAGCAGCUGUAAGUCAUCUGCAUACAAGGUACAUUGUUGACAUGCAGUCCAUGGAUUCAACAGUAUCAGAGAUAAACUCUUUACGAGAUGAACAAUUAUACCCAAAACUUGUUCAGCUUGUCGAGGGGAUGGCUAGUAUGUGGGGAACAAUGCGAGCUCACCAUGAGACCCAAUCGAAGAUUGUGACAGCACUCAGGUCGUUGGAUAUCUCCCAAUGUCCCAAGCAUACAAGUGAGCACCACCAUGAGCGCACAAUACAGCUGUUUGGUGUUGUGCAAGGGUGGCAUGGUGAGUUUGAGAAGCUUGUGAGUCAACAAAAGGAGUACAUAAAAGCCCUCAACAAUUGGUUAAAACUUAAUCUCAUCCCCAUUGAGAGCAACUUGAAGGAGAAGGUUUCUUCCCCUCCAAGAAUUCAACGACCCCCUAUUCAGGAACUCCUCCUUGCUUGGCAUGACCAUCUAGAGAAACUUCCAGACGAUGUUGCAAGAAUGGCGAUACACAACUUUGCUGCUGUAAUUAAUACUAUUAUGAUUCACCAAGAGGAAGAAAUUAAAAUGAAGGAGAAAUGUGAAGACACCAGGAAAGAACUUUCCCGCAAGGCCAGACAAUUCGAAGACUGGUACAAUAAAAAUAUGCACAAGACCAUACCGGACGAAGGAGAUACAGAUAGGCCAGAAGGCCACACUCGAAGUGAUGUGGUUGCAGAAAAGCAGUUUGCAGUGGAGACAGUGAAGAAGAGGUUAGAAGAGGAGGAGGAAUCGUAUGAACGGUUAUGCCUUCAGGUGAGAGAGAAGUCGAUCGCAAGUCUUAAAACUCGCUUGCCAGAACUCUUCGGGGUGUUGUCGGAUUUUGCCUAUUCUUGUUCAGAGAUGUACAGAAGCUUGAGGUCCAAAUCACCACAUAAUCCAAGUGAGAGCUCAGUAAGAGAAUAGGUUUGUAUCUAUAAUAUGCCCAUUUAUUUUUGUUUAAAUGAUUUUUUUUCCUACUUAUACGUUUAAUUGUAUCUAUUAGUAACUUGUAAGCUUGUGCAAUUUUCUUAUGGGACAAAGCCCUCAAAACCAUAUACAUAAAGUUGUUUCAAUAUAUAUUGAGAAUUGAGAAACAAUUCUCUCUCGUUGC